CUUUCCUCUCACCUCACUCUUCUUGCUCUCUGUCUCUCUUUUCUUUCUUUCUUUCAUAAACAUUCACUUAUUCAUUCAUAUCCCAAGGAAUAGAGUCUACACAAUAUCCCACCAUGAUGAAAUCGGCAGUGCCUAGGCCAGCCGCCCAGGCUGCUGACUCCACCCUCUUCACCUCGUCUUCCUCCUCUGCAGACAUCCCACAUGUGCCUAUCCAAAAGGCCCCUGCUCUCGACAUGUCCACCGUCGCUACAACCGCCCCGCCAGAGAACCUGCGGACAGACCCUCCUACGCGCAUCUUUGGUCUGCAGGAUGCCCCCUGCUUCUACCCGACCCCACAAGAGUUUUUGGAGCCACUCAAGUAUAUUGAGCGCAUCCGCCCAGAGGCUGAACAAGCCGGCAUCUGCAAAAUCAUCCCCCCUGACGGCUGGAAACCCCCUUUUGCACUUGACACUGAGGUCUUCCGCUUCAAGACUAGGAUUCAGAGACUGAAUUCGAUGGAGGGCCAGACGAGAACCAACCUCAACUACCUCGAACAACUUUACAAAUUCCACCGCCAGCAAGGCCACCCCGUCUACAAGAUCCCGCAGCUGGACAAGCGGCCCAUCGAUCUCUUUCAGCUCAGGAAGGAAGUUGCGGCUCGAGGCGGAUACCAAAAACCAAAAGGAUAACAUUACGAUGGCUGUGACCCAUACUCAUCCACCCCACGGGAUCCCCCUUUUGUUGCUGAAUAGGUGACGGCAGGAAAAAAAUGGGCAGAAAUUGGACGCGGACUGAAUUAUACGCGGAAGCAGUGCACAUCAAUGUCGAACGCCCUCAAGACCGCGUAUCUCAAUAUCAUCCUGCCCUAUGAGAUCUACCU